AUGGUAUACAUGCAAGUGUUUGAUCAUUUGCAAAAUUUAUAGUAGUUGUCAAUUUUUAUCUUGCAACAAGAUAUGAAAUCUUGAUAAAUUCUAAGUGUUUUCUCCUUCUCUGCUCUCCUCUUUUAGUAUAUAACUUCAUCUUAAUAUAAUAAACGUAAAAAAUAACCUGUUCCCGUCAAGGUAAACGUUGCAGUAAAUAAUGCAUUUUUUUCGCUAUAAUAGCGGCGGUUCAAAUUAAUUCACGUGUUUGUAGCAUUCUUCUUGUUUCGUCCUCUCAAUUUGCGUCAUCAUUAAAAUGCUUACGUUUGUGUUUACGCAUUUAUAUAUGUUAGGUUAUAUACAGUAUAGAUAUAGAAAAAAAAAUUUUAACUGAUAACGAUUCUGAUAAAGAUGAAUUGUGAUAAACUCUAGUCGUGUGGUUUUGCAUACAAUUAGUUAUCUUGUAAUUGCUGUUGAAAUAUUUUAUUGAAGAUUGUACUUCGUUGAAGAAUAUUUGUUCUAAAAUACAGUUCAGGAAUUCUCAUUAUAGUAUAUUACAUAAAAAGAAACUAAAAUAAUCGUGUGAUAUGACGCCAAAAAUAGUUAUUGUUGGUUCUUGUAUGAUUGAUUUUACUUGUUUCUCUCCACGGUUGCCUAAACCUGGUGAAACAAUAGUUGGAACUAAAUUUGAAAGGAAAUAUGGCGGUAAAGGUGGCAAUCAAUGUAUAACAGCUGCUAAACUUGGUGGAUCUACAGCACUUAUUGCUUCAUUGGGUUCUGAGAGUUUUGCGCAGGAAUACUUAGAAAUUUUAAAAAAGGAAAAUGUGGAUACUUCUCAUGUCAAAAUACAAAAAGAUAAACAUAGUGGUAUUGCUCAUAUUACUGUUACUGAAGACGGGGAGAACAGUAUCGUUAUCGUGUUAGGCGCAAAUGAAUCUUUAACUCCAGAACACGUGGAUUCUGCUGUUGAUGUGAUUAAGAGCGCUAGCGUUUUAUUAUGCCAAUUCGAGAUUCCACUGGAAACUACACUGCAUGCAUUAAAGUUGCAUCGGGGUCACGGAUUUUCGAUUAUCAAUGGAGCACCCGCGCUGAAAAAUUUUGAUCCAGAAAUCCUGAAACUGAGCGAUCUUUUCUGCGUCAAUGAGACUGAGGCAGAAGUUACGACAGGCAUUCAACCCGUAAAUUUGUCAAAUAUACAACAAGUCGCGGAUAAGCUCUUGGCUAUGGGAUGCAAUGCGAUUAUCCUUACUCUCGGACCGCUAGGGGCUGUGUAUGCAUCGAAAGCGAACAGAAACGUUACGCGGAUUCCUGUCACCAAGGUCCACCCGGUAGAUACUACCGGUGCUGGGGAUGCAUUUUUGGGCGCGCUCGCAUAUUUCAAGGCUUACCAUUCGCACUUAGCAAUGGACGAAUGCAUUAGAAGAGCUUGCGUAGUUGCUACACAAUCCGUCCUUAAAUUCGGCACUCACGCAAGUUUUCCAUCGAGAAGCGAUCUCCCAGCAGACCUAUUCAUGUAAAUGAAAAGUAUAGACUAUAGUAAGAAAUGUUUUAACGUAGAGAGAGAUUUUAUAUAUAUUUUAUCUU